CACAGCAGGUUUCAACUUGUCUUGGUCCUGAAAGGAGCUUCAGGUGACGAUCUGGGGAGAUUUUAUGAAGGGUCGGCAGCUGCUAUUCUCGGUAAAAGCUCCUUAAUGCUUUGAGGAAGACGACGGUACGCAAAUUUGAGCCUUUGCUUGGUGAGAAGUCGGCCAAGAUGAAAUGGAUCCUUGGAUUCGCUUUCCUUUGGACAUCCGUCGGGCUUUCUAGGUUGCAGUGUGUCCUGGAGAAAGAAUAUUUCUGCUCGUCCAUCCCAAAUGACUUCCCUGCAGGCCUCACAUCCGUUCUCUUUGUGGUAACCAAUCUGGGCGUUCUCAACUCCACCGUCUUCAAGAGUCCAACGUUGUCAUCCGUCACCAGCCUCGCUUUAGCAAACAGUGGCAUCCGCAGCAUCGAAGCCGGCGCAUUUCAUGCUUUCCGAGGCCUCACCAAACUUAGCCUCUUUCAGAACAGUCUAACUUACGUGACAGCAUCUUGGCUUUCCAAACCAGGAUUACUCGAGAACUUCACGUUGGCCCAGAACCUCAUGACCAAAAUCGGACCCGAGACAUUCUCUGGCUUCUCCAACCUUACCACUCUGAAUGUAGCCGGCAAUAAGAUCUACGAAAUCGCCAGUCAGAGUUUCAGAAGCUUAUCCAAGCUGAUGUUCCUUGAUCUUUCCGGUAAUAAUUUAACCGGCUUAACGAGAAAUGCGUUCGAUGGGAUGAGAAGGCUGCCGGUGAUGAAACUGGGCGGAAACCCAUGGAACUGUUUCUGUGAACAUCAGGAUUCUGUAUUAUUUCUUCAAGAGCUGUACAACAUGUCACUGCUGCAGGAUGCUACUUCUGCCGUAUGUCACAGCCCACCAAGCAUGAAAGGGAUCCAAGUCUGGAACAUCUCCAACUUCAACUGCACACCAGAAUCCCCGUCGACGACUUUGGGAAACGGCUUCUAUCAAAUUGGACUACCAGUUUUGCUGGCUUGUUUAGUAUUUAUUUCCUUCCUCUUCCUGAUGUUUGGGAUAUGGAUGGCGAGAUACGCCAGCAAACGCAUCCAGCCAAGCCAGGAGGCCAUGGAACCGUCGCCCACUCCGGAACCCAAGACUCAGAUUGAUUCUGUAGAACGUCAAUUCGCGGCUAGAGAGAAUGAAAACCAAGAGAGGACGACAGCUUCGGGAAACAGAAGGUUGAAAAUCCGUGCCAGGUCUGCCUCAGCCAUUUUACUGAGAAAAGAAUUCUACCGAAGGCAAGAAAAGUCUACAGGUGCAGACCAAGAACCACCAAUAAUGCCUUUCUGGUCCCAGAGUGACAAAAUGCAGAUUGAAAAUGAGGAUUUGCAUCCUUUUUCAGGAAUGUGGAAUUAUCAGAAGCUGGAGGAGCCCUGUGAAGUAGAGUCUCGGAGCCACAUCAAGGCAAACCCAGUCGUGAUGGAAGUAUGUCGAGAUACUUCCGAGACUCAUGUUUGUUCUGAAGCCUCAGACCGAAUAAUCCAAAAUAAUGGAGAUUCUACCCUUCUUGAAAAGGAAAACAUGGUUCCUCCUGAACCUUUCCUGUAUUUAAGUGUGACUACAGCCCCUGAAGAACAGACUGAGGUCAAACCCCAAGAGGAGGUGACUUCAAAGGAUGAGGGUCAUGUGUUGAGGCGUUCGUUGACAUGGCCUUUUGAAAGGAAGGUUGGGGGUCAAGGAUCCGAUGGGUUGAGUGUCAGGGAAUCAUUCACAGCACAGUUCUGGCUCUCCCCUCUUCACCGUGGCGAGGUGUUGAAAGUGGAGAAACCAACAUUUGAUCAAGAGUGGCUACAUCUAUCUCCCAGGAAGGGAGAUCUUUGGGGCUUUGAUGGCCAUCAAGAGGACGAACACAAAGAUGAGUUAACCAAUGAAACAGAGCCUCCACUUUAUAAAGAAUCCAAUCCAGAAACUAGAGAUGCAGGGAAGAUAGAAUUGGACAAAAAACUACAACCUCUACAUGAUUUACAUAGAUCUCAGAGCAAGACUAGCCAAGUCAACAAUGAUAGGAGGAAGGUAGACUUUGAAGGAAGACCAGCCAACUUUUCAGAACUUGCUCUUCAGAAAGCAGUUCCUCCAGGGUGUACACAGACUGUUCAGACUGAUAUCAGAGCACCUAAGCUAUCCACAGGGCUAAAAACCAAACAAUUUUCAAAGCCGGUGUCUUCUCAGUCCAGAAACCUCCAGAAAGCAAACACAUCCCCACCGUCAAGAAUGACGUUCGCCAGUUCUUCGUAUGAAGAUGACGCUGCAUCGCCCACAAACGAGUCUAAGUACAUCAACCUGCUGCAUGAAGUGGUGGAGAAUCGGGGCCGGUGGACACGAGAGCGAUGGAAACUGACCCACCAGAGCUGUGCUUUUCUCCAGCCACCCACCAAAUCCAUGUAGGUCUCUGUGGCCUUCAACCCAACACUCCAAAAUUGAGACGACCCAGGGGACUGACUCUUCUGGUCCUGAGUAGAACACCAACUUCCUUUGAAGUUCCAUGAGAUCAAAAGACAAGACUUGGGAAGGCAUCUAUACAAUGACUCACAAUGAUGUUCUAGAAUACUUUGGGUAUGUUCUGAAGCUAUCUUCUGGGAGGUGAGGAGGGUGGUGCCGAACACCCUGAUAUGCACCUUUGGUGAGAAUCCAUUGGUCCAUCUCUCUCUCUCUCUCUCUCUCUGGGAAAAAAAAUAAUCCACCCCACUGUGCAUCUUUUCAAAAUUAUCUUGAGAAUGGAAACUCAAAGGAAGGUUAGCAUUCCCUCAACUUGGCACUUCAGGGGAAGUCUCAAUUCUUCCCAGCUGUUGGGCCAAUGAUAUGAAGUCCCAAAGCCACUUCACCAGGUUGGGAAGGCUGCCAUAAGGACAAAUAAUUAAAAUAUGCUGCAUUAGUGAAUUUUAGAAUGAUUGUUUAUCCAGUUUGCCAAUUGUAGUGGGACUUUAUUGGAAGGGGGGAAAGAUGGAACGAGCUUUUCCUUGUUUUUACGUGUGUUGUGAUUCAAUACACACAUACACAAUAUUGAGGGUGAAGGUUCGUUCUCCGAGCUCCACAAAACCUGGACAAAGAACCUUCAUCCUUCAUCCUACACCUGAGCCGCAGAUAUUCACCGCUAUUGCAACAAAAACACAAUUGUCAGCUUUGGAAAGCAUAUUGUUGGCCCUCGUUCGAAGCUCAUAGCAGCCUUGGUGAAAUUCAAAUGAUAAAAGUUAGUAGGUAAUUUGAUUUUGUUUGAUAAGUGACUUGGGUUGCGGUUCAGGGUAAUUGAGGACGUCUUGUUCACCAAAAUCCACUUUGCAGAUUUUUUUUUUUUAAUAAUACGGACCGAUUCUCUGUCCUCGUUGUGAUGCUGGCGAUCUGAAAUUUGCUUUGCAGUGAACUCAGGCAACGAGCUAAUUCAUCUCUUGUAUUGAUCGAGGGAAUAUGUUUUAUGAGGAAAGGUCCCUGAUCCCUUCCGUUUGCAUGUUUCUGUAACGCAGACGUGGAAUGUUCAAAGUGUUUAAUCUAUUUUGAAAUCUCUGCAAGACCACAGCUCUUUCGGCUGAAUAAAAAUAGCAAAGGAUGCAUAAUGUAAACUGGCUGGAUUUGAAUUCCUUGCUCAGAUAUUUUUAAAAACUUGGGGACGGGGUGUGUGUUUCUUUUUCUCUUGUCAACUCACCUCACCCUAAAAUAAAAUAACGGCCAUCCAAUUUAUCCCGUACACAGUUUAUACACAGUAUAGGAUUCUUGUAUCCUUUAGUCCAGUGAUGGCAAACGUCUGUGGCACUGAGGGCCAAAACUGGAGUGUGUGCUGGAGUGCUGGAAGAGAGCAGCUGGACAAUGUGCAUGUGCACAGUAGCCAACUGCUCUUCCGGGUUCCGUCGUGCACAUGUGUGCUGGCCAGAUGAUCUGGCGUACAUGUGCACCGGACAGCUGUUCUCUUCCGGGUUCUGGCAUGCACAUGUGCUCCGGCCAGCUGGUCUUGGCGUGUAGACCAGCUGGGAGGUGCACAUGUGUGCCACCUCUGGCAUACGUUCACCAUCACGGCUUUAGUCCAUUGGGGGUACUAAAUUUAUGCUGAGUGAGUCACUUAAGCUACCAGCUACCAGCCCUGGACGACAUCUUUGAAUCUCGCUGUUUGAGAAAGUUGCAUAACAUUCUCAGAGACUCUUUCCAUCCUGCUUACAAUCUUUUUGGACUGUUGCCUUCCAACAGAAGAAACAGAACAAUUAAAAUUCGCACCAUAGUUGAAUAGUUUUAAUCCCAGAGCUAUAAUGACACUCAACAAAUGAACUAAAGGGCCACCAUCAGUGAGCUGUUGGACAGCAUUACUUGGUCUGUUGUGAGGAUGUUUGGGUG